AUGACUGGGUACAGGCCCAGCACAGCCAGGUGCGCCGCGCACAAGAAUGUGCGGCGUAUCUGUGCCAGGAACGGUGCCCCAAACAGCACCAGCACCAAAUGCACCAGCGGCGUCGCCAGAGCCGUCAGCACCAGAGACAACGUCGUCGUGACGAUGACGUUGGGUUUGCGCCCGUCUUUGCGCGCCUUGCGCUGCUUCUUUGCGCUGUCGCCGGUGUGCGAGGCCGGCGCCCCCGGACCCGGCGCCACGGACCCGGCCGGCGGCAGGCCCACGACGGACGCAGCGACCUGCACGACCGUGGCCACGCCCAACAGGCCGGCCAGUGUGAUAAUGGCCAUGCUGUCGGCGUCGGCAUCGAGACCGGCCUGCCGCACCUUGGGAUCGCCGGUGAGGCCGCCGAAGCAGAGAGCCAGCGCGGCGAGCAGCACGGCGGGACUGCCAUUGCGAGCGGCGACGGCGAGCGGCGAAAAGGACGUCGUCGAGGCGGUCGGGACAAAGGAAGGAUCAGAGGCGGCGUCAGUAGAGGACACAGACGUCGUCGUCGUCGUCGUCGUCGCGUCGACAGGGGUUACACCGCGUCGGCGGCGGGCGGACGAUGCAGAUGCCAUGGCGGUAUUCGGACGAGAAUGCGGAUACGACGGGGUAACGAAAGAGUUGGGCUGCGGGCGAUGGCGUAGUCUUGCUAUCGUACAUUCAUCUGUCCCACGUUUUGCUAUUGUGGUCGUCGUCUUCGUCGUAUGA